AUGCCGGUCGCACUCAACUGCCUCAGCGAAGAAGGCCGGCGGGCCCUGGAGCAAGGGGGCCCAGAGCCAGUGCUGCACAAAGCCACCAACGUAGAAUUCAUUUACAACAAGCUAAACCUUGGGGAGGGAAAAUUAUACAUAAUGGAAAAGAAGAUCAUUUGGGUCUCCACCCAAAAUGAAGAGGAAAAAAAAAAAAAAAAAAUUACAAAUUUUAAAGACAUCCCCAAUAGCGCCAAUUAUUUGAAGCACUACGAGAAGAACCGCAGCUUCUACAUGCACCUGCUCAAUGACGUGAACAACGUCACCGUGGAUUCCUCAAGCAUCGCCUUGCAUGCAAUCACGUCGGAUGAAAAGAUUUUCGCCAACUCAUGUGUGUACAUACAACUCAACGGCGACAUUCUUGGGGGGGGAAACGAAGACACAGGCAGCAUGAACAGCAUGGGCAGCAUGGGCGACGAGGACGCAGCUGCGGCUGAAGAGGGAACAGACCAUGUGGGUAGCGCCGUCGACCAAGUUGACUGCGGGGUGGACCGUGCCGAGGGAGACGAAGUCCCCAAGAGGCCCAUAGAAAAACUGGGCAAACGGUUAUUCACAAAACUGUCAAAGCAGAGGAGUGUUUUUAAAAAAAAUGAGCAGAACCACCUGGGGGGGCAGGAAAAUGGCGAUGAGGAAAAUGCCGACGAUGAACUGAUUGAAGAAAGCAUAACGCCAGAGAUCCUCCUCGUUAGCAAAAAUUAUUUGGCCAACGAUGCGAUUUUUCGCCAGCUGAGCAACAUGGACCACUCGCCGGACGAUGAGGAUGACGAAAGUGAAGGGGGAGAAGAAGAGGAGGAAGAAGCGGCGGAGGGGGAAGAAGCGGAGGAGGGGGAAGAAGCAGAGGAGGGGGAUGAAGCGGAGGAGGACGCUUGA